CUCAUCCUUUGUCUCUUCUCUAAAACAUCUAUCUGCUUUCUUUUUUUCUUUCUUCUGAUAACUAUUAAUGUACAGUAUACACACAGAAAAAUCGAGCACAUAAUUAGACAUUAUGGAAGCACAAUUGAAUCAUCCCCAAGGUACCAGAUUGCAUUCAGGGGAAGGUCACGGUCAAGUUCAUGAUGAAGGGGAACAUCAUCAUAAAACAUCAGUGCUAAACAAGGUUAAGGCAAAGGCAAAAAAGUUCACGGAUCAUCUAAAGCAUGGUCUUGGACACGAGCACGAGCACGACCCAAAUGAAGAAGAAGAAGAAGUAACUGAUGAUGAACAAAUGGAGGAAGGUGCAGAAGUUCAUGGUGGACCAUAUGCUGUUAGGAGUAAAGAUAUUCGAAAAGAGGAUAUUGGGCCAAUGGGCAAAUUGGAGAAUCCAACUAGCCCAAAGGAGGAUCGUUAUGAUUCUAUGGUGAAAAAUGAUCAAGAAGUGCAUAGGCCAACUUUGCAAAGGCAAGAUGAAUCUGCGAGGCCACCAUCUUUGGAGGGGACUCACUUUCCUGAAGAGAGGCACAGACCACCUUUUGCUGAGAGUCAUGAGAAUAAGGGCACCGAUCACGUUACUUCCCUUGAAAAACACCAACAUCAAGGACUGCAGGGUCAUGAAAAUAUUGGACCAUUAAAAGGGUUGGAGGCGAAUCCGCCUUACUACUCCCAUGAAGAGAUGGAUAGACCACCUGUUGCUGCUUCUGAGACUCAUGAGCCUAAAGGCUUUGAUCAUGUUACUUCCCCUGGGAAACUAAUUCAGGGAUUGCAUGUGCACAAAAUGGGAGAACUAGCAGGCAUAGAAGAAGAUCCUCAUGCCCCUAAAGACCGUCCAAAAAUGAAGCAGAAUCCAACAAACUAUCAAAGCAAAGUUAAUGAUCCGACAGGAGCCAACAAUGAAGAAGCAGGAGUAAGUCCACUUGUUCAUUCAUUCGACAAAAUGGGUGUAAAUGAUGCUCCAGAAACAACAAGAAAACAAGGGACUGAACGAAUUAUAAGGCCAGGUCCAGUAGCAGGGGACAUGAAACUUGAUCAAGGAACAGAACAUAGGCAGUAUACAGGAUCACAUGAUCAAUUUGCUCCACAAGAGACACCUGCUGAUUUCCCUUCAGUUCGUGAAGAUACUGAAUCAAUUCCUAAGAGUAUGAAUCCUAGCAAGCCAGAAGAUUUACCUCAGGACACACUAACUGGGAAACCUGGUAGCUAUACAGAGAAGAUUUCGUCCGCAACAACAGCAAUUGCUGAUAAGGCAGUUGCUGCUAAGAACGUUGUCGCCUCCAAGCUCGGCUACGGUGGCCCAGAGGAGGAAUCUAGCAAGCCAGAAGAUUUACCUCAUGACACAACUGGGAAACCUGGUAGCUAUACAGAGAAGAUUUCAUCAGCAACAUCAGUAAUUUCUGAAAAGGCAGUUGCUGCAAAGAACGUUGUAGCCUCCAAGCUAGGCUAUGGUGGCACAGAGGAGGGAACUAACAAGUCGAGCACCACGGAAAGUGAUAACAAUACAGCAAAAACGACCUCAGUGGCGCAAACAGUGGCAGGAAAACUUGCUCCAGUUUAUGAGAAAGUGGCAGGUGCUGGUAGCACAGUUAUGGCAAAAGUUCAGGGUACUGCGACUGGAGUUACAGGACAUGAAACCAGGGGAGGUGUUGAUGCAGAGCAUGAAGGGAAGAUUAAAGAAACUGAUAAAGGGGUGUCAAUGAAGGAGUAUUUAGCAGAGAAAUUUAUGCCCGGAGAGGAAGACAAGGCAUUAUCUGAGGUGAUUUCAGGGUCACUUUCAAGACAGAAGGAGAAAAAAGAGGAAGCAAAGCCAAUGGGGAAGGUGACGGAAUCAGAAGAAGUAGAAAGACGAUUAGGUCCUAUUGAAGAUGGUGCUUCUGGAGAAACACAUGUUGGUGAAGGGUUUGGACAGAAUGUAGUGGGUAGGGUUACAGGUGCUUUUAGUACAUGGCUUGGGAAAGGUGGUGAAGCACAGGCAAAUGAUUCUGCUGUGGGUGGAGGUGGAGGUGCUGUUGUUGGGGGGGAGGUUGAAUGAUCAAGAUGUUUUGCCAAGCAACUAGGCGAAGUUGAUAACCAUGAAUAAUCGACUUCUUUUACUUAGCGGUUUCGACGACUAAUUUCUGUUUCUCCUUUUGUUGUUUUGCUUAUGGAAAAACGUCACUAUGUUUCUGAUUAUUCCUAGGGAAGUUCUAUCUUUGCCUAUUUUGGUGUGUAACUCAUGGACAUGUGACUUUCUGUAUCUAUUGGUGGUGUCUUCCACUUUGUUUCUUCUA